CUUCAAUCUCUUUUCUUCUUUCUUUCUAAUUGAAAAUUUCUGUACAAGAAUGAAACUUUUCUUUAUCAUUACAGGGUCUUUCAAAUAUUCUAGACAUUUCGUUCUCAAUUCUGAUUUGUAUGUUGAAAUGUAUGAAUUUUGAACAAUUAUGCACUUUUAGCUCUAUUCUUGUUCGAUUUACAAAUUCAUACACCCUAGCCUAGAUUAGUCAGAGAUUCUGAUACGCCUUUUCACUCAAAUUUACCAUAACGUUAUCAUACAAAGCCUUCCUUCCAUAUAUGUUAUCCAUGAAAAUGUAUAUAUAUGUCCGUAUUUCUUCCCCUGGUACAAAUCUGCGGAAUGAUUUGUGGAGAAACCGCUUCAUGUGAUUAAGAAGUUAUUCCAUAAGAAGAUUGUAAUCGAGGUCACACAAAGAUAGGAAAAAUGAAAAUGGCUAAAAUUGACGCUGAAGAAUCAAUUAUACGUAGAAAUCGUCCGGGAACAAAGGCACAGGCAUGGUGUAGUUGGCCAGAUGAAUUAUUUGAAGAGAUGGACAGCACCCUUGCCGUGCAGCAAUUUAUACAACAGUCUAUUGCACGAGAUGCCUCAUGCGUUGAUGAGAUACUUACUCCACCAGAUGGUCAAGACGAAGGAGUCUGGAAAUAUGAACAUCUCAG